AUGAUUUUGACUUUUUGGUGGGGCUUAUUGGUGCAUGGUGUUUUGGGUGAGUAAUUUGAAUUUGAAUUGGAAGUUUUGAAUUAUUUCCCGUAUCGAUAAAAUUUUCAAGCUAUAAUUUUUUUCCAAAAAUAAUGAGGCAUUCCUUAUAUUUUACGUGAGAAUUGAAAUUUUACUUUGGGCAUUUCUAAUUUUGAAUACGAUUGAAAUCAGAGACCAUUUAAAAAACGUGAGUUGCAUCCAAGAUUUUUAAAGAAUUUUUUGAGGUUGUACUUAUAUUAGGCCCCUUGUAAUUUCAAUAUUCAAUAUAACAUUUUUGUGCUUCUCCCCUUUCAUAAAUAUCACUAACCUAAUUUGCAGCUUCGUCCCGUUGCGCCUCGCCAAAUGCCACCACAUAUCUUCGUUCUGAAUCAACUCGUCUUAUGGAAUUCUCAACCAAAGUCCUCAAAGAUGUUACAUUAAAUGAAUGUGCUCGUACAUGUUCCGAGAAUACAGCAGUUGAACAAUGUCUUUCUUUCGAAUAUGAUUCAUCAAUUCUUCAAUGCUCACAUCAUUCUGAUGAUGGCCAACCAUUUGGAGCAUCUGUUUUAGCCAAAGCUGUCCCAUCCAUUUCAUUUUUCCAGCAAAUUUGUUUGUUGGAAGAAGCAAUUUGCACUGCUCCAUAUUCUUUUGAACGAUAUCCUCAAUCAAUUCUCGUUGGACAUUCAAUGCAUGUUAUAAAUGUUGAUGGAUUAUCAGAUUGUUUAUCCAAAUGCGCUCUAUUGCGAAUAUUCACAUGCAAAUCCGUUAUGUAUUAUUAUGAAACUGGAGAAUGUAUUAUGAAUCGAGAUACGAAAUUCAUUUUUCCAAAUAUGUUUCGACAAAAUGUACAGGACACUUUGGUGGAUUAUUUCGAAAACAAUUGCGCUGAUGGUGAGUCAGAUUCAGGGCUGUGAAAAAGGCCUCGAUUUUUUGCGGCCGGCCGGCCGGCCUUGAAAAAUCGGAGGCCUCAGGCCUUCGCGGCUUUUUGGCCUUUCAAAUAUAAAGGCUGGAAGCCCUUCAGGCUUGAAGCCUCAAGGAUGACAAUUUUCAGAAAUCAGUUUUACUGAAUUGUAA